ACGUGCAGCAGGUCCCGCCGAACCGCUCUGUAUUUAGCCCUGCCCCGGUGCUAUUCUUGUCCCGCGAACGGGUGGGAGCCCCUCAGCGGGCGCUCCUCCUUAGGCAGCUGGCCAGCAAGUCGCCCGGUAAGGAAACCGCGUAAGCUGAUAGCACCUCCGCCGUGCUCGCCUUAACCAACAACGCUCAGUCGCGCUGAAACCGUGUUCUACUGUGCAACCGGUGACUCAAGUGAAUUAAACACACAACUUUUUACCUCUGUCUUUUGGGUAAUCAAACAAAAACACAGCAACCAUGGACGCGAUUAAAAAGAAGAUGCAGGGCAUGAAGCUCGAAAAGGAAAACGCAUUGGAGCGUGCCGUUCACAACGAACAGCUCGCCAAGGAUGCCAACCUCCGUGCUGAAAAGGCUGAAGAAGAAGCCCGCUCCCUCCAAAAGAAGAUCCAACAGAUUGAAAACGAUCUUGACCAGACCCAGGAACAACUGACCCAAGUCAACGGAAAAUUGGAAGAAAAAGAAAAAGCCCUCCAAAACUGUAGGCAAGAUGGCUGCCACGAUGUGCACGCGUUAAGUUCGACUCCAGUAAGGAUGUCUACGUCUAGGGCGCAGGGGAACGUUAAAAAAAGGGGUCACCAACAUCACCCCAGAAAUGAAGGCAACAGGAGGAAGUCCGCCCUAGAAACCAUAACAAUCAACCCACCCUUAAGUGCUUACAGUAAAGCAAACGAAGUGACAAGUGAAAACAAAACAACAACACAAGAUUCUAACCCCAAUGUGUCAAAAUGUGCCUCCGCAAAACCAAAAGUCGAAGUAAAAAGUAAAUGUGAUAUUAUUGAAGUGAUAGAUUUGACGAAUUGUGAUGACGAUGACGCUGCAAGUAAUGGUAAGAAUGUUGUUACCAAUUCGAAAACGAUUAAGGACGAACGCAAUCAAAAGUUACGAAAACCCAGAAAGCCAAAGGAGAAAGUUGGCCAUGACAACAAAGACAUGUCUCUCGUGUUUCGUCCAGCAGCAGAAGGGCAGGAGUGCGAUCGAAACCAUCAAGAAAGCCCUGAAGACCCAGAACUCGAGGAGUUCGCAAAGCUCCGCUGUACAUCCGAAAGGAUCGAAGUGGUGGCUGAACGGGAGACAAGACGCAAAAAUCGGCGAUGUGCCGACUACCCCGGACUUGCUUUCGCAAGUUCCAUCUUUAGUUCCGACACCCUGAUGAAGUUUUCCAUCAUUCGAAACGAGCUACACAACAUUAUGAAUACGCAACUGAAACGGGUAGGAAAAACAAUGACUACUAACGUAACUCAGGGCUCCCUCUUGGACGUACUCAAGAAAAAAAUGCGUCAAACCAAGGAGGAAAUGGAAAGAUACAAGGAUGAGUGCGAGGAGUACAACAAGAGGCUGCAAGGGGAGGUUAUUAGACGCGAAGAAGCUGAAUCUGAAGUCGCCGCCUUAAACCGUCGUAUCCAACUUUUGGAAGAAGACUUGGAACGCUCCGAAGAACGUUUGGCCAGUGCCACCUCCAAGUUGGCCGAGGCCUCAGCCGCCGCCGACGAGAGCGAAAGGAUACGAAAAGCAUUGGAAAACAGGACGAACAUGGAGGACGACCGCGUCUCAAUCUUGGAAAGUCAGCUGGCUCAAGCCAAGCUGAUUGCCGAAGAGGCCGACAAAAAAUACGAAGAGGUACUCGAAAACCGCUCGUUGGCCGAUGAGGAGCGCAUGGACGCCCUUGAGAACCAACUCAAGGAAGCCAGAUUCUUGGCUGAAGAGGCCGACAAAAAAUACGAUGAGGUUGCCAGAAAAUUGGUUCUCAUGGAACAAGAUUUAGAAAGGGCAGAAGAAAGAGCCGAAUCCAGCGACAGCAAAAUCGUGGAACUUGAAGAAGAACUCCGCGUUGUAGGCAACAACUUGAAAUCCCUUGAAGUAUCAGAAGAAAAGGCUGCUGUUACCCGAGAGCAUAGCGAGGAUAAAAUCCGUACCAUUUCCGAUAAAUUACGUGAAGCUGAAGCCCGCGCUGAAUUCGCUGAACGUUCUGUGCAAAAACUCCAGAAGGAAGUCGACAGACUCGAAGACGAGUUGGUCGCCGAAAAGGAGCGCUUCAAGGAAAUUGGAGACGAUUUGGACACCGCCUUCGUCGAACUUAUCCUUUAAAUGUCCUCAUUUUCCCGCCAAAUCCUGUAUUUUCCUUACGAUUCCUUGUUUAGUCCGCCCGACACUCCAGACCUGACACUCGUUUACCCAGAGGUGGUUUCAACUCGACUCAAUUUAAGAACUUUAUUAGGCGAAUGCGUCGACAAGGGUUUGUUUGGGGGGUACAGAAGAUUGUAAUCUUAAACUUAACAUCUUUAAGCGUUUAUGUACUUUAUCUAUGUUUUAAUUUAUGUAUUAUAUAAAAAUAUAUCAGCUAUUUAUUAUUUGAUA